GUUUAGCAUGACCAGACCUUGGGUAGAUGGAGUACUAUCAUCUCUGGAGAAUGGUGCACCCUUUUUGCGUUCUCCAUCUCGUCGCUGCUGUUUGUGAUCUGAUGCCCUUGUUUGUUUUCCUGCCGCUUCGUCUUAAGGCAGCAGCAGUCCAGUUCCAUAACGUAGCUUAGUUCCUUCUUGCCACGCAACAACCAUAACUCCUUCCUUUCAUUCUUUCUUCCUCGACCUUCUUUUAUUCAAUUCCGCAUCUCACCAUCGUCCUUCUUCCUGUCUUCAUCUCUACGCUCUUUGGUAUACAACUUUGAUACUCUAUUCAUUUUCGCAUCGAAUUACCAUUCAGCAUCCUACUUUAUUCCUCUACCGUUUCUAAUACCGACAUGGAUAUCGACCUGACCGACUCUCCAAGCGCGACAUCGGUCUCAACCCCAACUGAUGGCGGACUGCACCUCCACAAGAGACGCCGUACAGACGAUCCAACUUCAGACAGGGACGACAGUAGCAGGACAGAUCCCGAGGGCGAGGAAACCGAGAUGGCCCAUGGCGGUACCAACGGCAUCGCUGGUGUGAAUAUGAACACGAUCAACGGUUCAGAGUCAGCACGCGCUACCAUCGCGUUGAGCGAACCACCCCAGUGGCAGAAGGUGAUCGAGAAGGCUGUCAAGGCCAUUGUGUCGAUCCGAUUCAGUCAGGUAUCGGCCUUUGAUACUGAAGGACCCGAGACGUCAGAGGCAUCUGGGUUUAUUGUCGACGCAGAGCUUGGGUUGAUCCUGACGAAUCGACAUGUUGCUUGUGCUGGUCCCUUUGUCGGCGAGGCGGUCUGCCACGAUCAUGAAGAGGUCGAUGUCUUUCCAGUAUACAGGGAUCCUGUCCACGACUUCGGGUUUCUCAAGUUCGACCCAUCUAAGAUCAGAUAUAUGGAGGUGACAUCGAUCCCCCUGGCACCAGAAAUGGCCAAGGUUGGGAUCGAUAUCCGUGUUGUCGGAAACGAUGCAGGAGAGAAACUUUCAAUUUUGUCAGGCUCCAUCUCGCGAUUGGACAGAAACGCCCCUGAAUACGGAGACUUGACCUACAAUGACUUCAAUACGUUCUAUCUUCAGGCCGCUUCAAGUACAAGCGGAGGAUCCAGUGGAUCGCCAGUAAUCGACAUCAAUGGAAAUGCAGUCGCAUUGCAGGCGGGAGGUAGCCUCAAAGCUGCCACAGACUUCUUCUUGCCAUUGGACCGCGUUCGUCGUGCAUUAAGUUUUAUUCAGGAGGGCAAGCACGUAACUCGAGGCACCAUCCAGACCCAGUUCAUGUACCGACCCUUUGAUGAGACCCGUCGUUUGGGAUUGAGUCAGCAGACAGAGGCUCUCAUCAGAAAAACUUUUCCCGAGGAGAUUGGCAUGCUUGUCGCUGAGACCGUCCUGCCCAAGGGUCCUGCUUCAGAUUGUCUCGAGGAGGGCGAUAUUUUGGUUUCAAUCAAUGAUGAGCUUAUCACAAAGUUUGUACCGUUGGAGGAUUGCCUUGACAGGAAUGUCGGUAAAGAGAUUGAGAUCGUCGCAGAACGCGGAGGAGAGCGAAGAACGUUUAAGGUUGUGGUUCAGGAUCUGCACAGCAUUACACCCGAUCGGUAUGUAGAGAUUGGUGGCGCAAAGUUGAACAACCUCAGCUACCAACUCGCUCGCAGCUUUUGCGUCCCUGUCAGUGGCGUCUACGUCUCGGAGCCCAGCGGGAUGUUCAGAUUCGAGGGACCGGAUAGAGGCUGGCUUUUAUCGUCGAUCGACAACAAAUCCGUUUACAAUCUGGAUGACUUUAUUGAGGUUAUGCAGACGAUUCCAGACAGGGAGCGUGUCCCUGUGGUGUAUUAUUCGAUCGCGGAUGUGCACACGACCAGCGUUGCAGUUGUGCAGGUGGAACGUCACUGGAGCCGAUUCCGGCUAGCGGUCAGGAACGACAAGAUAGGGCUGUGGGAUUUCACCAACCUGGGGACACCCUUACCUCCCAAGCCCAUUGUGCCCUCGACUGUCAAGUUUUUGGAGCUGGACGAGUCGCUGGGGCCAGCAAAGGAGUUGUUCAGCAGCAUGGUCAAGGUCAGCUAUUACAUGCCAUGCCGUAUCGAUGGAUUUCCCAAGAGCAGGAAAUUGGGCGCUGGAUUGGUUGUGGAUGCUGAACGCGGUUUGAUUGUGGUCUCACGCAACAUCGUCCCCUUUGCCAUGGGAGAUUUGAACAUCACUAUUGCGGACUCCAUCAUUGUUCCCGGCAAAGUCGUGUACCUUCAUCCUACGCACAACUUCGCCAUUGUCUCAUACAACCCCAAGGACAUCGGUGGUACCCCCAUUCAGUCGGCUAAAAUCUCGCCCAUCAACCUUGUUCAGGGCCAUCAGGUCUCGUUGGUAGCGUUCAACCACAACCAGAGACCUAUCUGCCUCAGGACUGUUGUCACAGACAUCACCAGCGUAACAAUCCCUCACAACGCUACGCCUAGGUUCAGAGGCAUCAACUUGGAUGCAAUCACGCUCGACACGCCUCUUGCCCAGCAAUGUUCCUCUGGUGUAUUAGCCGAUAGCGAGGGACGAGUUCAGGGGCUGUGGCUGUCAUAUCUAGGAGAGCGUAACAACUCUGGUCGGGAUAACGAGUACCAUCUGGGAUUGCACAUCUCGACAAUUAUGCCUGUGCUUCAGCCUAUGCAACAAGGACUGUACCCUAAAUUGCGCAGUCUAAACAUUGAGAUCAUGCCUAUCCACAUGGCUCAGGCCCGCCACAUGGGACUUUCUGAUGAGUGGGUCAAGAAGGUGGAGGAGGCGAACCCUUCACGUCAUCAUAUUUUUAUGAUCAGACGUACUGAAACGGGGUCAGUAUCGGCCUCGAUCCUUCAGGAGCUAGAUUUGAUCUUGAGCGUCAACGGCAAGGUUAUCACGAGGAUGUAUGAAUUGGAUGUACAGUACGAUGCUACAGAGCUGGAGAUGGUUGUGCUUAGGAAGAAGGUCGAGGUCAAAGUGACGGUCCCUACAGAGGAGGUCGAUGGCAAUGGAACGAGCCGGUUGGUGAUCUGGGCUGGCGCCAUGAUGCACGAGCCCCACAAGGCUGUCCUGCAACAGAGCAAGACUCUGCCCAGCAGGGUCUAUGUCAGUGCACGCUCGAAGGGCUCUCCGUCGUACAUGUAUGGCAUGGUUCCAACAAUGUGGAUCACACAUAUCAAUGGUACUCCCACCCCGGAUCUGGAUGCCCUACUUAUGGCUGUGAGGCAAUGUCCCGAUAACUCAUAUGUCCGCGUCAAGACCAUGAGCUUUGACAUGAUCCCAACUGUUUUGAGCAUCAAGACGAACAUGCACUACUGGCCCACGGCAGAAAUGGUCAGGGACGAUAACGAGGAAUCUGGAUGGCGUAAGGUUGCUGAUUCGCCCGCUCCCACCAAGGGGUCAGUAGCAUCGGAAGAUGGUCCAGCUGCGGUCAUUGUGGACGGAGAUGAGGUCGAUAUGGAGGAGGACGGCGGCGAGACCGUUUAAGUCGACAGAAGACCACCAUUAUCAUUAGUACUGUUUAUCGUGUCAUUGUCCCUUUUUACCGUCGCCAUAGAUUGUGUUUCUUCAAUGUCAGUUAUUACUUCGUAUCCAUGUUUUUGUAAAGCCUAUAGUUACUCUUGGGAGCUCUGAAAUUGUGAAGAAAGCCGCCUUGUGUUUGAAAGCACAUAGUCUUAGUUUAGAUACUAGGAGGUGUGUGCGGUUCGUCACUUCGGUGACGUAAUUUUAGCGCCCAUUGUCUAGAAUCAA